UAACUUGUAACUUCAAUCACAAAGCCACCGCAACAACACACAUAUCUCUCUCUCCUUUUUAUUUUCUAUCUAGUCUUCAGUUUCAUGAUGGGAUACCAAACAAACCCUAGUUUCUCAAUGUUUUUCUCCUCUGAAAAUGACGACCAAAACCAAUACAAUUACGAUCCUUACAAUGAUCUCUCUUCAUCAACUUCUGUUGAUUGCACUCUCUCACUUGGAACACCCUCUACUCGUCUUGACGACCACCGUAGAUUCUCUUCUGCUGGUUCUAACAACAUCUCCGGAGACUUCUACUUUCACGGAGGGAACGCCAAGACUGCAUCGUACAAGAAGGGUGGUGGUGAUCAUAGCCUACCUCGCCGUUGUGCUAGCUGCGACACCACUUCAACUCCUCUAUGGAGAAACGGACCAAAAGGACCUAAGUCGUUAUGUAAUGCUUGUGGAAUCCGAUUCAAGAAGGAGGAGAGGCGUGCAACGGCCAGAAACUUAACGAUCGCCGGUGGAGGUUCAUCGGCGGCAGAAAUUCCGGUAGAGAAUCCGUACAACGGAGGUGGAAGCUAUUAUAGUCAUCAUCAUCACUAUGCAUCGUCGUCGCCGUCGUGGGCUCAUCAGAAUACACAGAGAGUUCCUUAUUUCUCACCGGCGCCAGAAAUGGAAUAUCCCUACGUGGAAGACGCCACGGCUGCUUCGUUUAUGUCUUGGAAUUGACGUAAGUAUCACGUAAGCGAUCGAGUCCGGACGACUUCUCCACCAUUUUGACGAGAUGAAGAAGAAACAAACGUUACUUAUCAUAGAUUGUAUCACACAAAGUAAAAUCUGUCUGUCUUGGUCAAAUUCAUUAUUAUUUUAGUUUUUUUUUUUUCAUUUUUCUUUUCUCGACUCUAGCUACUUGUGUUUUUUUUUUCUCAUGACUUUUUUGAAAGCUAUAUGGUGUUUAUGAUAAAUACGUACUGUAUAACCCUUUUCAUGAUGUUUCCACUUACUUUGACACCAUAUAUGAUAGAUAUAUUACAACUUUA